CUGAAAGUUGCUUGAAAUCAUUCACAAAGCAUCAGAACUUGGCUUGCACUUGUUGCUUUCUCAGCCAACAACAACAACAGUCAACAUCCAAACCGCAAACCGCACCUCGAACAAGCGAUCAUGGAGGGACAGCAAGCGCAGGCGUUGGCCAACCUUGCCUACUUUGUCGUCGAUGACAAGGCUGCGCACACGCUGGACCAGGUGGCGUAUUGGGGCUCGUCGCUGAAGCAAGGAAGCACACCACAGGUGCUUUCGGAGAAAUGGCUCAAGAACAGGGCUUUUGCAAGCGUGGCAUCCUACGUGGGUGGCAUGAAGUCCAAGCGCACCAAGCUUGCCGACGUCAAGCGGGCGGAGACAAUUGCCAGGAUUGCAGAGUACAUCAAGGCAAACCCUCGCGCAUCGGAGCAGGAGAAGCAACACGUCAUUCGCAAGGAAAUGGAGAAGUUCAUUCGUGAAAUCGCCAAAGAUCCCUCCUCCUCCGCCUCCUCGUCAUCAUAAUGAUGUCUGCGUUAUGGUGGUGAGCGUAUUUGCGUCGCGUUGUCAUGUUUGUUCAUCUUUCUGUGCUGCUGGACCCACUGCUUGCUUUCAUUUCUUCCGUUCUUCCUGCCCUGUACAGCUUUCUUUCUCCCUCUGCUCAAACGCUGCUGUGGUUGUUUAAUCGAGCACUGAUCUGCUAUUCAGACAGUGCAGGCAAACACACUUCGUGGACAUAAAAGGCCUGUAACAACCCA